AUGGCCUUCGGGUUCACUGGUCCGGCUAUUGAUACUAUGAGGAACUCCAUGGAAGCACCUGAUGGUCGUCACAUCGAUAUUGGUUCGAAUACGAAUCUGCAUGUAUUCGCCAGCUCUACUGAGUCGGCUUUCUUUAGUGCAGCCGUGACCUUUGGGGCCGUGAUAGGUUCUCUCGUUGGGGGUCCAACUACCGAACUUCUAGGACGUAGAAUGGCCUUCCUACUAGCGGCCCCUACCAGUGCAU